AACUUUUGCAGAAGGGGGCGUGUGAUCUAGUGAGAGCUCGGGGUCCGGGCGGCUGCCGGUGCUGCUGCCGCCGCCGCCGGGGGGAGGGGAAAGAGCCGAGCCGCAGAGCGUCCCAGUCCUGCGGGUGCCUGGUGCAAGGGGAGCAGAGACGGCCGUGUGCGAGCGGGGAAGGAAAGGCGCAGGAGAGACCUUGCAACUCGCACGCGGGGCUUCGCCUUGUGACUCCCGAGGGCUCGUGUGGCGGGGCAGAGAAAGGGCUGGCACACACAAAGAAAUCGCUGCAAGCCCGGCAUGGUGCAGCAAGCAGAAAGUACAGAGACUGAAAGCAAUCUGCCCAGGGAGGCGAUGGACACCGAAGAGGGCGAGUUUAUGGCGUGCAGCCCGGUCGCUUUGGAUGAGAGCGACCCGGACUGGUGCAAAACGGCUUCAGGGCACAUUAAGAGACCGAUGAAUGCGUUCAUGGUGUGGUCUAAAAUCGAGAGGAGAAAAAUCAUGGAGCAGUCUCCGGACAUGCACAACGCGGAGAUCUCCAAGCGCCUGGGCAAGCGGUGGAAAAUGCUGAAGGACAGCGAGAAGAUCCCCUUCAUCCGGGAGGCGGAGAGACUGAGGCUCAAACACAUGGCCGAUUACCCCGACUACAAAUACAGACCCAGGAAAAAGCCCAAAAUGGACCCAUCAGCCAAGCCCAGUGCCAGCCAGAGCCCGGAGAAAAACGCACCCACCAGCAGCAGCAGCAAAAGCGCCAAGAGCUCCAGUAAGAAAUGUAGCAAGCUGAAGUCCUCCUCCUCCUCCUCUCCCGCCAAGCCCGGGGCUAAAGCCACCCACCCCGGGGACUACGCCGGGGAGGACUAUGUCUACGGCACCCUGAAAGUGAGCAGCAAAACCGUCAAGUGCGUCUUCAUGGACGAGGAGGAGGACGAGGAGGAGGAAGAGGACGAGCUGCAGCUCAGGAUCAAGCAAGAGGCGGAGGAGGAGGAGGACGAGGAAGACGAGCAGCAGCAGCAGAGGCGAUAUAAUGUAGCCAAAGUCCCGGCCAGUCCCACCUUGAGCUCCUCGGCAGAGUCCACCGAGGGGGCCAGCCUGUACGAAGAGGUGAGGGGCGGCGCCGCCUCGCACGGCAGCAGCGGCAGCAACAGACUAUACUACAACUUCAAGAACAUCACCAAGCAGAACACCCAGCAGCAGCCCAGCCUGUCCCCGGCGUCUUCCAGGUCCAUCUCCACCUCCUCCUCCAGCAGCGAAGAGACGGACGACCUGAUGUUCGACCUGAGCUUGAAUUUCUCCCAGCACCCUCACGCCGCCUCGGAGCUGGGGGUGAGCUCCGCUUCGGGGAACUUGUCUCUGUCCCUGGUGGAUAAAGAUUUGGAUUCGUUCAGCGAGGGCAGCUUGGGCUCUCACUUCGAGUUCCCCGAUUACUGCACCCCGGAGCUGAGCGAAAUGAUCGCAGGGGACUGGCUGGAAGCGAACUUUUCCGACUUGGUCUUCACUUACUGAGCCGCGGGAAGGCGUGUCGCUGGUGAGAACAACCGAGCGGAGAAAUCGGAGAGGAAAGAUGAUGCUGGUGAUGAUGUGAUGGAAGUGGGGGAGUAAAAAAAUGAAAUAAUAAAAUGUCUUCUUUUCUUUUUCUUUUUUUCUAUUUUUUUUUUUAAGUCUCAAAGUUAGUUCCAAACCGAGCCCGGAGUUAUGAUUUUUUUUUUUAAUUUGGUGAUCGCAACAACAACAAAAAGGCAUGGGGGACUGGGGGAAAAAUGAUUCAGAAGUCGAUAUUCGAAGCUUGUCGGUCUGUGAUUGAAGUCUGGAAGAUGGUCUGCAAAGAAGUCUUUUGGCAGCACAACUGUUACUCAAGGGGGUUGUGGAUUUUUUUUUCCCGCGAGAGAUCUUAAAAGAACUGUUCUGAUUUGAUUUUUUUUUUCUGAAAGGGACCAUUGCAACUUUUUUUGGAGGGAGAAAACUGAUGUCUUCUAUGCAUCCGAUUCUUAACAAAGCUGCAGGGAGCUUGAAAAAAUGCAGACUGUACAAACGCUUACAAAAAGAAAAAAAAAACUGUGAACUGACUUAAGAUCAGAGUUUACUUUUCAGAUCAAAUUGUCUAUGGUUUUACAAAUGUGAUUUCUACUUGCCAACUUUUUUUUUGUAACUUGUUCCCUUAUACCUCCUUGAUUGAAUACCAGACAGCCUAGACCUCAGUACAAAAAGGUAUUGAAACAUUUUUGAUACAUAACAGACCUCAGUCUUUUUUAAAAAUUAAUAUAUUUUCAGGCGUAUUUUUGUACAGUGAAAAGGGAACAUUCUUGCUGUGUUUUUUCAGUAAGACUUUUCAGGCACUUCUUCCCUUUUAUUUUUUUUCUUUUCUGUUUUUAGCAUGCAAGUUUGUUGGUACGUUACGUCCUGGUUUUAAAAGGAUUAACAUUUUAAAAAUAAUCCUUGCAUCUAAAGGCCUUGUGGUUUAAAACAAAAAAAGAAACUUUUUUGUACAGCUAUAGUUCAGAUUUGUUCAAUAUUUGUAGGUAAAGAUUUAUUGAAAAUGGUGAUAUAGACCUCAGAGCUGUUAUCUUAGUUUAAAAGAUUGUAUAUGUACUGUACUAUAGUAGGACUUUAUGUAUCUCAUACGCUGUGAUAUGUGGAUGGGGCCCCAGAUGGAAGGUAUGAAACUGGAUUCUCGAUUUUUAGCAAAAAAAGGCACAUAGUUAAAAAAAGUUUCUCAUUUUGUGCAAUAUAAUCUAAAGUACAGACCAUCUGCAUAUUUUGUAGCAAAUGAUGGCAAAAGCAGACUUGUGCACUGUCAACAUCAUUGCCUUUUUUUUAUGCUGAAAGUCUGUAUCUUGACAAUUUUAAUAAAUCAGCUGGAACUGAUAGAAACUCGAAUCGCUAUUAGUGUCUGUAGAAGUAACGCUGGCGAUGCCCUGUGCCCACGCCCCACCCGCGGAGCUGUAGGCGGCUGUGUCUGCAUGUAGCCAGGGGGGAGAACGUUAAGACAGCUUUUUAUUCCACAAACGUGUAAAAUCGCUGCUUUUACCCCCCUCCCCGCUCCCCCAUCCAGCUUUCCGCGGCCACCUACCCUAGAAGGGGAGACCCCGGGGGUGGCUGGCCCUCAGGAGCCCAUAGAAAGAUGGCGGGGAGCAUCCCGGAGAACGUGAUUCCAGGCACGCUUGAGUGUUAGCUUCUCUGCCCGUUUACCUGCCUUCUGUCGUUGCUGCAUCUCCCCUCGGCGAAGGGUUGGGGGGGGGGGGGCAUCCCAGCUGAGUGUGGCUAGCGGAGGGGCCCUUUGCCGAGGGGGGAUUCUAGCCCUGUCCCCAUCUCCGGGGCGGCGGGGUAAGGACACCUUUCAGGCUGCGAUCCGUGCGCGUAGGAGGCGGGGAUGGCUCUGGCUUCGCUCCCCCAAGUGGCAGGGCUCGGCUCUCCGGAGGGCAGCGUCGGGGGCCGGUGCUAGCUCGCUCCCUGCUCGGCCUGGGGGAGUCUCCCUCAGGCUCUCGGGGAGGGAGCUGCGCUGGCUCCCGGGGUCCCUUCCACGUGGGCUGGGCUGUGCGGCGGGCCAGGCUGGCCGUGCGCGGAGGGGGUGUGUCCGGCCAUGUGCGGCCAGCGAAGGCUGGCGGCGGCAGGCGCGCUGGUCAUUUUUAGCAGCUUCUCUCCUACCCCCCACUCCCCCUCCCCCAGCCCCGCCAGUCUUAAACGGGGGAACCGGGCGAAGGAGUCGGGGUGCAGCGGCGGGGAGGGACCGGAGAGCGGCUGGCUCCCCCUGGGCGGGGCGCGCGAGCCUCCCCGCCUUUUUCCGCCCCCCACGCCGGCCGGGGCAGCACGGUGCUGGGCUGGCGGCUGCUUCCCGCCUCCCCGUGCAUCCCUUCCGCAGGGGCAGGCGAGGCGGGUCGCAGGGAGGCAGCAGCGGCCGGGUGCGGGGCUUCCAAGCCGGGGAGGCCGGCCGCAGCCGGGGGAUCCUGCUCAAGAAGGGGCGGGCUGAGGCCUCCAGUUUGCCGCAGGGGCGGAGGUGCAGCCAGCUUUGAUCUCUGCCCUGUCCCUUCUGUGCAGGGCUUCCCUCCCCGCCCGAGCCGGGCGCGCACAGGCGCUGCUGGCCCCCAGCUCGCGGAGCCGGAGCGAUCUGCCCCCAGCCAGCUCUGCCUCUGCCGCCCUUCCCUUUGAGCGGCCUGGGCGGGCUCGUAGCUACCGAUGCCCUGCCCAGAGCGUGCUGCCGCCCUCCUCGGCAGUGGCACGGCGCUAACCUCCGCCCCGCCGGCAGCUGGAGAACCCAGGGGAUCCCUGCUCCAAUUCCCUCUUCUUUGCAGUUGCCUUUGCCUGUCUGAGAGCUGGGGCGUGGGAAGGGCGGAUGUGAGCGGCUGCUGCAGAUGAACAGACUUUGUAAAUGUGCAUUUUUUUCCCCCUUAGGAGCCGUCAGAUUUCAGUUUUACACUUUGAAAGAACUGCUGAUGGCAAUAAACAGACUCAAGGUGGAAGUGUGUUUCUCAAGAAGUUUACUUUUUAUCUGAUAGGCAUUGGUCGAUCCUUUUAUCUUUUUAUCCACUAAUAAAUGAUCCAGCUGUUUACAAGGACAAUUCACUGUGCUGGUAAUUUUGGUGGCAACCACUGCUACAGGCUUUCAGACUUGCUGAAAAUGAAAAUCCUGCAUACAUAUUUGUAAGGCAUAAUAAAACACAACAUUUAAACCUGCAUGCAUGUUAUGUUUAAUCAAAGACAACUCUUAGGCAUUUAAGUGGUGAGAUAGCUACUUUAGGUUAGUUAAAUAAUCUGGUAGUUAAAUGAUUCAUAUAAUCUGAUCUCUUUCUCAUAAUAAUAAUAAUUUAAAAAACUUACUCAUGAGUCUAAAUAAAAGAUGUUUGGCCUAAAUCCUUGCUAUCAGAAAAGAGAUGUAGAGUAUCUGGGAAGCUAAAUUUAUGUCUUGCAUUGUGAUAAUUCUUUAUGAAAAAAAAACUGUUUUAAAACAAACAAGUACAACACACAAAAUAUCCUUGGCAAUGGAUAGUCCUCAAUAAAACAGAAUUUCUUGAAUUUUAAGUUUUUUUGGUCUCAAAUGAUUAGUAUGUUCUCUAUAUAAUUACUUAGCAAUUAGACUGAAAACAAAUGACAUUUAUCUCUUCUAAGGCAAAAAGAAAAGAAAAAAAAGAAAGAAAAAGAACUAAAGUGCUCUAGCCAUUAGCUGUCCUACUGUUGAAAACCAGUUCAUGGGCUAGGGUGAUAGCAUUAGAUGAUCAUAUUCCAAUCCUUUAAAACUGAGCCAAAAUUCUCUUAGCAAUUCUUCAAGCUAUCAUGAGAGGGUGUGGACAAUUUCUUCCACUCCCUUCUUUCUGAUAUGCAUCCUUGUUUAUUAAAAUGAUAGGCAGUGUAAUUGAACAUUUGUGUUUUGCAAAUGUUCAGUGAGUUAUGUAUUAAUGAUGGUCAAAUCUAAGCUGGAUUCAGUUUGUAAUAAGGUAUAUGUUUCAGCUCACAAAAAUUUUUGGAGGAAAUUUUUACAAUUAUCAUUACAAAAUAUUAAUCAAGAAUAACUAAUUUGAAAUAUCCAAGUAUAGCGCAGUCAGGCAGAUUUUAAAGAGCAACAGGUCUACUUUAGUCAAAGGAAAAAAACACCCUGCCAAAAGAGUCUUGGCUUUUGGAAGGGAACAUGUAAAAUUAAUAUUUUGAGUGACGAUGCAAUGUACAGGGGGACAGUACAUAUUUUUUUUUCCCAAAAAGUUUGACAUUUAAUUCAUUUGAGAGCUUAACUUUGCAUAUUGCCCAAGGAAAAUGAAUGAAUAUUCUAAUUAAGCCACGAGACUUUUAGGGCUAGAACUUGCUCCUUGUUGAAAUCAAUGCCUGAACUCCCACUCAUUUUAGUGAGAGUAAGAGCAGUCUUACAGUCACUAAAGAUCACAUCAGCUAGGUUACCCUCAUAUUUUAUGUGUGGGGUGUUUCUGGUCAAAUUGAAUAAUCCUAUUCCCAGUUUUUCCUUUUAAGUAUGCAUAUGAAUUCUUGUUGACUACCCUCUUGGAGAAAUCUUUAUGUUCCAGGCUUAGUGUCUCCCAUUUACUUUCUUAUUGCCCCUGUUUUCAUUUGGUCUCCGUAAAGUAUUUUUCUUUGUGUAAGCAGACUUAUGGGCACAAAAGAAGAAACUCAGCUUUUUCCAACUGGAAAAAACAACUUAGGAUCUCACUUAAAUAUCAGACCUAGAAAAAGGUGGUGGUAUUUUUUAGAUUUUGAAAAUGAACGUUUUUGGAAAGUUAACUUCAAUUGACAUUUUCCCUUUUGGUUGCUGUCUUCUGUUUAUUCUCUCAACUGUAAAAGUACUAACUCACAGUAAAUUGUUUAAUUCCUUUAAAAGGACAAUAUUUUUCAAAUUUAACAGGAAGACAUAUUCAAAAUGUCUUUUAAAUGUCUCGUGGUCUAAAAUGUAGGCAUCCACAUCCACCCAGGGUAAACUUCCCCAAAGGUAGAGUCUACUGAAUGUGGUUUGCAUCUGUGUGUCCUGCUUCUUCACUUACACAAGUGUAAAUCAAGUGCAACUCUAUAGUUAUUCUAGUGUGAAACUCCUGUGAGGUAAGAAUCAGGGCCAUGUAGUUUUCAGCUAUUUGAUACUCCAUUAUAGUUCAUUCAUUUUCUCUCUAACCUUGCCACAUCUUCAUAUUGAUGCCCUGGUAUGUGCUUAUACCUGCAUUUCUUAACAAAAAUUCUCAUUGAGCUUAAUGAGAGUUUUUUGCUUCAAGAAGGAUGUGCGGAAUUGGGUCCCAAUUCUUCCUGUUUUUUUGAAAAACGUAGUUCUCUUUCUAAAUUGCCCUUAAUCUUCACUUAUGAUAAUGACCAGAAAGAAACUCCCUAUACUGAGAUGCCUUACAUUUCAACUAUACAAUUUUAUUCCUUCAAUUUCUCUUUUUUCCCAAAUUUCAGGCUGUGAUUUUUAAAAUUUAUUAUUUUUUUACACACUACCUGUAUCAAUUAACUGCCUAAUUAGUUUUAUCUUCUCUACAUGGAUGCAGUGAAUUUGUAAGAGAAUUUCACAAGCAAGUAGUUUUUUAGUGAGUUUAAAGUAAAUAGAGUUUUAAAGACCUAUUUUUAUAUUCAAUAUAAAGCACAAAUGUGCAGAAAGUGUAGAAUGACUUACGAAAAAGGGAAACAAAACUUGUAUUGUUUCAUGUAUAAAAAGUAAUACCUUCAUUGGGUAGAGUUUCUCUUAGGAAACCCAAUACUUAUGCCAGUGCAAAGAUAGGAAUAUUUUAAAAACUCUUAGAAGAUUGUGAUUGACAGCAGUUUCAAAGCAAUGACUUCUCUAUAUGAAAGUAAACCCCUAAAGCAAUAUGGUCAAGAAGGGGUGAGUGGUUUUCAAUGAUGAACAAACAACCUGGAAGUGUGAGAUUGGAGGUUCCAGUGCUUAUUAUUUAAUCAAACUUUUUUGUGCUUAGCUAUUAUAUCUGGAUUUUCUGUGAAGUGAAAUCUUGCAGAGUGAAUGAACAUGAGGAAAUCAAGCUACUAAGAUUUGUGAACCUCCAGAAAUUAAGACUGGUUUGAUUAUCAUGGUAUCACAUUAUAGUAACAUUCACCUCACAGAAAAUCAAAACAACAGUGAUUUACCAUCUGAAGAAAUUUGAUCAAAUAAUAAAUACUAUUCCAGGAACUUCUAUUUAUCACAAUUUGAUUUUGUUUCCAUCUUCCUGUGUAUCUCCAAAGCCAACUUGCCUCAACUCCUGGGUAUACCAGGGAGAAGAGUUAUAUGCCAUUGUUAGCUCAUUUGCAAUUUCUAUCUGGUUUUGCUCUUGUACAUAUGUUGGAGUUUUGGAGUCUCUAAAUAAAUGCUGUGAUACUUUUUUCGGGGGGAGGGGGGCCUGUUUUAAAAUGGAGGCCUAUUUUUCCAAUGUGGGACAUUUGAUGGUUACAACAUUUCAAAGAUGUUGCAUGAUGGCCACAGUGGGGAAAACUGAAUGUUUUAGAGCCGUUUUUCAGCAUGACACUUUUAAAAUAUGUAAUUUCAAAGCCUUUUCAAAGGCCACAUGAAAUUCAUUUUCAUAGACACUCCAGGUCUGGGGGGGGAAAGCUGAAAAGUACUUUUGUUUAGAAGUCUGAGUGAUGGUGGGGGGGAACCUUUCCUUAAGGUUUUGCAUGCCAGUGCACGGCCUAUUGCUAUGAGAUAGAAAGAAGAGGAUAAGGCUGCUUGAGGCAAUGCACUGGAGGACAAAGUGUUUUCUAGCACUAGUAAAGGAAAAUGCAUGGCAAAGUUUUGUCUUCUAGUAGACUAUAUAGCAUGCAGAGUUUAGUAUGUGUCAAAACAGUGUAUGACAUUGCUGUAUCAAAGUUGUAAAAUUAAGCAUUAUUUAUUGAAAACUAUGUAUUUUUUUUGUAAAAACCUGAUCAUUUAGAGGAUUAAUAUCAGUGACUUUGUGCUAGUGCUACAAUCUUAACCAGCUUCUUUACUACAGUACUUGAUAUGCAGUGUUAAUGCUCAGGGUUGAAAACAGUCCACUCCAAUGUCUUUUUUUGCAAGAGUUUUUAAAUAAAGGAACAACAUAAUACAAUUGUUCAAAAGACUCUAAUAAAAUUGUGUGAUCAAUCUUCA